AUGAUUGGCCAUUCCGAUCAAGAGGAAUGUAAUUCAGAGGAAGAAGAAUGUAAUGAUGAUGAUGAAGAAGUUAAUCUAAUUGAUGAAGAUGAAACAAUCACUUUUACGUUUGAUCAGCGGUUUCAAUUUUCAUACCCUUUGUACUCGGGGGAGAGUGCGAUUGCCGAGCCGAGUCUUCAACAGUUGCAAAUUAAAUUACGAGUGCUUAUAUCCGAACACAACAAGCACACGGGAACUCAUUUGUGGAAUUGUUCUGUUUUAUUGGCUAAUUAUUUUCUUCAUGAGAUGACUCGUACGGAUCAUUCUGAAAUCUUUGAUGGAUUUCAAUUGCCUGUCAUUCAGACAAAGCCUAUCACCAUAUUAGAAUUAGGAUGUGGAUUAGGGCUACCCUCAAUAUUAAACUGUAAACUCAAUGCAAGAAAUAGAUCUAUCAUGACCGAUUUGAAUACUUCAGAUUUUGAAGAGCGAUGUUUAACACAAUGCAAAUUAAAUGAAAUUUCUGAGAAUCAAUUUCGAAUUCUACCAUUAGAAUGGGGUUAUGAUUUCACUAGUAUUUUGAAAACCAGUAUGGAAGAGAAUAUUGAUCUUAUUGUUGCUACUGACUGUCUGUAUGACAAGAAGUUGUACGACAAUUUCUUUUCUACAGUUUAUCUGCUAAAGAUAUUGUUGAAGAAACCUACUUUGCCUUUAUUACUUGCUCAAUACAAGAGAAACGAGAGCGAUAAUAUCACAUUUCAACUGAAGAGGUGGAAUUUAUCUGCAAGGAUUCUGAACUGGCAAGAGACAAUUGAUCUUCAACAUUACUUAACAAUCAUGGGUGCUGACAAUGAUUACGAUAAUUUGGAAAAACAAUUCUUUGAGCUGUAUGAAGCCACCCAAAUUGUUUUAAUAACGUAA